AUGUCCUCUAUUAGACAGCUACAUGUGUCUGCAUUGCUCAGACAAGAUGUACAAAAUACAUCAAAAAAUGUCAAGAAAAUAUCGCAGUUGAAGUCUGUUCCAAACCUUUACAAUUCCAAAUCAUCAGCGUCCAACUACAAGGGUGCUUUGAGAGCGAAAAUUCAGCCAGGCGUCUACCUUCAGACAUCGCAAGCAUCUUCUACCGGCUCUAUAAACAGCGAAACAAUACCAAAGGCUUUCUUGCCAAAAGAUGAUCCUAGAAGGAGAUUUGUACAAAUGCUAAGGCCUCGUGAAAACCUGCAAUCGACUUGGGCGCCCGCACUGCACCAGAAGAAGGAGAAAAGCUAUCAUCUGACGCCCGAGCAGGUGGCUGAAAUUCAGAGGCUGAGAUCAGGGAACCCCGAAAAGUACACAAGGAAGGUUCUGGCUCAGCAGUUUGGGGUUUCGCCGUUUUUCAUUUCAUUGGUGUCCUCGGCGCCCGAGUCCAGAGUCGCUGAGAUGGCUGAACGCCUUGAACACAUCAAACAAAGCUGGCAUCCCAAGAGGGUCCUCGCGAGGGAGGACAGGAAAAAGCGGAAAGAGCUCUGGUACAGAGCAUAA